AGGAGAAACAUAAGUAAAACGACUUGCAGUUUAGUCUUUGUAAACAAAUUUUGUUAUAUUUUAGACGACGUCGUUUUCUGUCUGCUGCUGCGCCUCUCCAACUCUGAUUACCAGGCCUAAAAGGACGAGAGGAAAAAAACGGAGUUGUCGUAUCAAUGGCUAUGCUGAGAUUAGGGAUGCUGAAAGCCGCGAACAAUUGCACGAAGUUAGGGUUUGUAAGGUGGGCCCACGUGGCAGCCGUCCCUUCACCGUUGGAUGGUUCCAUCCACAGUAUGAUUGCACCUCCACAGAUGGUUUUGCCGGAGUUCAAUCCCAAUAGCAAUGAUUUAGGGUUUGGGUUCUCUAGCUUCUUCUCUGGUGGCUCCAUGGAACUAAUGGCCGUUCCUAAAAGGAAGGUUUCUCCUCAUAAGAGAGGCAUAAGAAACGGGCCAAAGGCUUUGAAACCAACUCCGGUGAUAGUUCGUUGCAGGAGUUGCGGUAGAGUUAAGCUGCCACACUUCUACUGUUGUAGUGGAGAAAGGGAGAAGAGUGGUGAACAAAAUAAUUAAGCAAACAGAUCUCAGUUAAAUGCCAGUUGAGUUUUUUAGUGAGCUAGAUAACUCUCUUUUUUCCUGAAAAGAAACCAAAGAAUUUUGAUUAUGUUUGUUUUAUAAGCAAUUGCCAACAGCAUGACUUAAUUUUCUAUGUAGAACAGCUGCAUUAUUUUUGUUUAGCUGUGAGAGCAACAUCCACCCUUUUCAUGAGGACUUGGGAAAAGAUAAAGAUGCUGAAGGCAAUUGUCUUAGUUAUAUUCUAGUUAAAUCAUACAAAAUUGUUGUGCACAUAUUGCGCAUGCAAUGAAAAUAUGGCGCCAAAUUUAACAAUGAUAAAAAAUCAUCAUUAAAUCUAUUUCUAAAAUGUAGCUAAAUCAUGCAAUCUUGUUCACACUUCUUUUCUAAAAUCAA